CGCGGAGACCGCAGAGACCGCAGCGCGGAGAGCGCAGAGACCGCAGCGCGGAGAGCGCAGAGCGCAGAGCGGAGACCGCAGGAACGACCGUCUGGCUCACAUCAACCGUCCAGUCGGAGCACUCGGCUAUGCUGGAAGCGCUUCAAAGCGACUGAUGAACCUGAAGCAGGGUGCCGGCAGCGUGGCAAACUACUCUGUUGGAUUUUGGACGCUGGCGGCGGACUCCAAGUGGAAUGAGGAGGCACUGCAGGGAGCAUUUCUCAAUGGUCUGAAUGACUCCGUCAAAGAUGAACUAGCGGUCCGGGAUGAACCUAAUGAUUUAAUGAUGAUUUAAAGCGAAAAAAUGCGACUUCCAUCAGCGUUCGGUCCCCUUCCUGGGAUUGAGAGUGUCUGCAGACCCGGAGAAGACCAAGGCGGUUACUGACUGGCCCAAGCAAAGAGACACUUCUGGUGGCCUUCGGUGGAAGCUGAUGUCCGAGUCUACGUGGCAGCCUGCUCGAUCUGUGCUCGGGGUAAAGCCACCCACCAAUCGCCCUCUGAACUUCUGCAACCCCUUCCAGUCCCUAGUCACCCCUGGUCUCACGUGGCGUUGGAUUUUGUCACCGGCCUACCUAUGUGUGAAGGGUUGAUCAGUAGCUCUGUACUUACCUGAGCCAUGAAGACCCAGAAUGGCGAGGGUGUUACACCCCCUUCACAUCCCUGCCGACAGACGUCUACUUUUACCUUAAGAGGAAGAAAGAAGGACGGUUUGAUUCGAGGCAGACUUCGCAUCCGCUCCAUACCUGGAGCCUUCUUGGUGCUGGGGGUCAUCGUGGUGGUUGUUGGCACUGCUCUGGCUGUGGCAGGAUACUGGCCCUACUGGUUACAGAGAACUUCCAUCCUGGGGCCAACAGAUGGGAAAAAUGUCUCUGAGUCACAGACAUCUGGAUCGAGUCUUGAAGGUAAGCCAGCUCACACAGCCAGUCCCAUCCACAGUGAGCGGAUAAAGCUGCUGGGUCCUGUCAUCAUGGGGGUUGGACUCUUCAUCCUAAUAUGUGCCACCACAAUCCUGUAUGAGAACAGGGACAGAGAGACUCAGAUGCUGCUGGCUCAGAUGCGCAGUGUAAUCUGCUCUGUGUCCGCAACGGUUCACUUGGCAGAACUUAAAGAAAGAGCUGCAGCCAACUCCAUGGCUAGACCCUACCACUGGGUGAGCAGUUUACCAGCUGCCCAUCUCAACAUCCUGCUGCAGCUGGCCAGCUCUGAGCCGCUGCUUCUCACCAGACACCCCAGAGACCAAGAGCGCAUUGUGGAGGGCAUCUACCAGCAAGCAGUUCUUCAGACAGAAGUCCUCCACGACCACGAGUCAGAGCCUCCGCUCUCCCUCCACUCAUGCUACUCCAACUCAUGUAAUUCUAGUCAGACAGACUUUUACACACAGUUUGGGGCUGAGCACGGGGGCAGUGCCAGCUUCAAUUUGCUGCCCCCCCCACUUGUCAAGCUCAACAGUUGCCUGGUGUCCGCCACCUCUUUAUCCACGCUGGACAAGAUAGAUAUGCCAGCCAUCCAGCCGAGGCGCUGCCACAGUAUGAGCUACAGGACUGACUCGUAUAGAGCUGGAACUGGUAUGCCGGACGGUCACCAUAAAACGGAGGAGGAGGGCAAAAUGAAUCAAGUGGUACUUACUGGAGAGACUGGUUCACAGGUUUGUGUGAACAAGGUUAUGGAGGCUGCAGAAAAGCAAACCUGCCAAAGCUGGCCUCGGCUGGACCUGAUCACUGGGACAUAUGUAAAACUAGAGAACAAAGAACACUCAGUGGAUAAACUGCUGGACCAGUUAGAGCAGCAGUGUUAUCAGUGGGAUAAGAGUCUUGGCUCAGGGCCUUUCCAGUGAUUGGCUGCUCUCCACAGAAGGAGAUAGUCACCCUGAUAACAAAGGAUCAUAAUCAUAUGUUCCCUUGAAUUCCAUAACUGCACUAUAUUGUUUUGUCCGUUGGGGGGCAGAGAGAGAGACCAAACCCUGGAUUAUCUGGAUUACAGUAUUUCUGACAAGGAUGUUCCAAAAUGUGAGCUUAUUCACAUUGUUAAAUGUAAUAUCUAAUAUACACAGGGUAUGGUUAUGCUUGGCUGCAGAAUAGAUUCAGACGAUUUUUUUAUAUGACUAAAGCAACAAUAUACAGACACUUCUGCUGUUUGGGUUGGUUGCAUUGCGAGAAAUCAAAUGUCUCAAUGCCAAAAUUGGUUUCCCUGUUUCCAAGUCGUGUGUGGACAACAUGGUGUAGCAUUGAUAGAAGGGUGAUGGUUUUCACUGUGCUAUCAAUUUUGAACCAAACUAUCUGGACUACCUGAGUUCAUAAAAAGCUAACAGCUCUUCACAAAUGAAACUAGGAUAUAAAAUCUGAUUUCUUUUGCAAUGCAAUGCCUGGCAGUGAUGUAUUACAUGUCACUUAUCUUAUCUUAUUACAUACUUGGAAACAUGUUGCUUUUCGGCUGUUUUGAAAUCAAAAUAUGUCAUCGACAUUAAUCACGUUAAAUACAAAGAGGUUUUUUUUGGAGGGGGGGGGUUGGGGAACUUUUCUGAGAUUAGAGUGAGACAAGGAGAAAAUGUGAUUUUGUGAUCUUUGCAAUAAAACAUCUUUGAUGUGACGUGUCGAGUCUUGGCACUGGAUUCAUAUUAUCAUUACCGUACGUGUUUGGGCCCAAUCUGUGAUCUUUAUCAGAUCAGAUAGACUUUUGGGCAGAACCCUCAAAAGGCCGUAGUUUAAAAGCUUUGAGGGUUCAUCACACAACAUGGAGGCCAUGGUUUGUCUCAAUGUGAUGUUUGUUUGAAGAAGACCACACUGCACCAUCCUAAUAUGUAUGAUACAUUGUUGUGCAUCGGCUCACCUUUUGGAUAAUACUAAACUUUCUAAACCCCCCCCCCCCCCCCUUUUCUUUUUCACCCCUUGUUUGCAGGUAUGCUAUUAAUACUCAUGCAGAGAAUGGUCUUGUGGGUUUUGUGUGUGUAUAAGAACCAAUGACAAUUCAUUCUGGAUUAUUAUAGUUUGGGUCUUACAUUCUUAUUUCUCUUGUAUCAGCUACAAUAAUGCUUUUCACCCGGACCUCCUCCGUAAAAGGUGUGGAACCAACAAUAAAUAGUGUGGAUGUGUGCAACGCAUAGUAACCAGUAUAAUAGCCACUUGUUUUCACUACCACCACAUCCAUCGAUGAGCAUCUCCAGCCCACUGGACUUCUCACAGAUGUGAUAACCCUUCAUCCAGUGUUAAAAACAUUACCAUAUUUUAAUAAUGAUAACACCUGGACCACCAGUGAUGUGUGAGUCAGUGAAACAGCUGAGUCCUCCAAGUAAUGGGGGUCGGUCAUAAGCAUUUCUAGGCUGUUUAAUCCUUGACAUAAAAAAAAGGAGUUCUUUUGGUUAUUAGUGAAUAACUAUUAGUGAAGUGAACUUUUUCUGUGCUGUCUUUAAAGAUGGUGCAUGAUCCUGAGUUAGUGCAUAUUUAUAUAUAAUACAUAGUAGUAAUAAGAAAUAAUUUUAAAAUGUUUUAAUGCUAAACCAAAAGGAAAAUGCUGGAGAGGAAAAUAUUGUCUUUUACAUAACAAGCUGCAUUUUAAUUCAAACCAACCGCAAUGCUCACAAAUACAAACAGUUAAUAUGUGUAAGUGUAAGUUCAUUAACUGAAUUCUAUAUUCAGAAGGCUAUUACAUUUUAUUAUCCGAAAAGCCCAGCGGCACCCCCCCAUACCAGGAUGGUUUGACCCAACUUUGCUUACGCCACCUGUCAAACCCUUUACGAAAAGAAAAACAGCAGCAGCGACAAAUGUACUUUUUCUGGUGUAAUUUGAGACAUUUUGUGACUGACGUGAUGCACGUGGCAUUCUCACUCUUCUCACCGAGCCGCCACCCCCCCCCGCCUUUCCUCCCCCCAAAGCACACCCAAGUGGUUCAGGUUCAGUUCAGGGUUGAUCAAAUAUAAAUAUUUAGGUUCAAAUAACUUUGGGUUUCAUGCAUUUUCAUGCUGUCCUUUGUCUCAGCCCCGCUUUGCCCCCAUCUUCCUCCCUACACAUUCUGAUUAAACAGAUCUGUGAGGCGCCAAUAACAAAUUUCUUAUUUAGGAGACCAAGCUGACAUAACCGGCCACAUUUGCUGACUGGAAAUUGCAAUGUUAUUAUCACCCAUCAGAAUAAAGGCCGAAGACCCAUGUCCUAAAAAGCCUGAUCCGUAACAAAAGUAGUUUCUUUUUAUUGUCCUUCUUGUUGCCACAGUAGUAGCUUGUAGUGAAAGCAGGGAUCCUCCUGCAUCCCCCCCUUCCCUCGUCCUUUCCCUCCCCCAGCCUUUUGUGAUAGAUAAAAAAACUGAUAGUAUGUCAUUGCAGAUGUGCAAAAGUGACCCCUCCACCUGUGAAAGUCAUACUCUAGUAUUGUCUGUCUGUGGUGCCUGUUCCGUAUGCCAUGUGUGACUCUCUGUGUUCUAAAUGUAUACCAAACAAUAUGAGCAGUCUGACCAAACAAUCAUGGGUGUCUCUUGUCAACCACAGAAUUUCACUUUGUUGAAUAAUGGCGGCAGUCGCGUUCAUCGACAGACCCCGGGUCGCCCACUGACUGACUCCGACAUGCCUUUUUCCAACGGUCACUCCCCUGCACAUCCCUUCACACUCCAUAUGUACAUACACUCACAGUACAGUUGUGUAGAGUAUGAUUAACUGUUCGCCUCAACACCUUCGUUUUAUUUUCCUUCUGUCUUUUAUAUUCCUGUAGUUUAUAUUCUUUUACUUUAUACUGUAGAUUUAAAUAGUAAUUUUGUAAAUUGAACAAAAUGAAAUUGAAUGUCAUUCUCCUGCACUGUGUUAUUGUUGUCCACUGUCUUAUUGUCCAAUGUCAUGCACCAACCGCCAUGUCAAAUUCCUUGUAUGUCUAACGUAAUUUGGCAAUAAAUGUUCCUGAUUUCUGA